AUGCCAUUUUUCUUUAGCGGUAGGGCAUUGGUGAUGAUGAACGAAGACAUCUUACUUCAUCAGCAAGUACAACAACAAGAGGAGAAUAUGUCGAAUCUAACAUCAGCUUCUGGGGAUCAAGCAAGUGUCUCUUCAGGAAACAGAACUGAAGCAAGUGGUUCUAAUUACUUCCCUCAACACCAACAACAAGAAGAGCAACAACAGUUCUUUGUUCCUGAAUCUCAGCCUCAAAAGAAGAGGAGAAACCAACCAGGGAAUCCAGACCCGGAAUCAGAAGUGAUUGCUUUAUCACCAAAAACACUAAUGGCAACAAACAGAUUCGUGUGUGAGAUCUGCAACAAAGGAUUCCAAAGAGACCAGAAUCUACAACUUCACAGGAGAGGUCACAAUCUGCCAUGGAAGCUGAAACAACGAUCUAACAAAGAAGUGAUUAGGAAGAAAGUGUAUGUUUGUCCAGAAGCAAGCUGUGUCCACCAUGACCCAUCUCGAGCUCUCGGUGACUUGACAGGAAUCAAGAAGCAUUUCUGUAGAAAGCAUGGAGAGAAGAAGUGGAAAUGUGACAAAUGUUCAAAGAAAUAUGCGGUUCAAUCAGAUUGCAAGGCUCAUUCUAAGACUUGUGGCACCAAAGAAUACAAAUGUGACUGUGGCACUCUCUUUUCUAGGAGGGAUAGUUUCAUAACUCAUAGAGCAUUUUGUGAAGCAUUGGCCGAAGAGACUGCAAGAGAAGUUGUAAUACCACAAAACCAGAAUCAUCAACCAAACCCUCUUAUGAUGCACCAACCUUCUUCUCAUCUUCAAGCACAACCAACCAUGAACGUCUCUUCCUCUUUGUCAUCUCCCCACAACAUCAUGAGCAGCCUUCACUUUGAGACCAACCACAUUGGUACUGAUAAUAGCAACACUAGCAGCAGCCACCUCCAUACGUUUCCAAUGAAGAUAGAGCAACAACAAAGCAAUGAUCAUAUCAUCAAUUACCACCAGCACAGCAUCCCUCCUUGGCUCACAUCUCCAAACCCUAACCCUAGUAAUGGUGGAGGAGGAGGUUUGUUCUCUCUUGCAACCUCUCCCGCUAUGUCAGCCACCGCAUUGCUACAAAAAGCAGCGCAAAUGGGUUCCACAAAGACACCACCAUCCACGGACUCGGAGAGGCCAGCACAUCACAAUAACCUCACCACAACAAUGGCGACGAUGAUGACAUCACAAUCUGGUUACAUCAGCUCCAACAACAACAACCAAGUUUUGUUUCAAGACUACAAUGACUCCGAGUUUGAUCAUCACGGUGGAGAAGAAGUCUUUGACGAUACAUUCGGCGGGUUCUUGAGGACAAACGUUGAUACUACAACAACUUCAGGUUCAGACAAGAAUAAAAGCGGUGGAAACGGAGGAGGAGGAGAGGGUUUGACGAGAGAUUUCUUGGGGUUGAGACCGUUAAUGUCUCAUAAUGAGAUUCUAAGUUUUGCCGGUCUAGGGAAUUGCAUCAAUGGCUCUUCUUCCGAUCAGAUUCAUCCAAAGCCUUGGCAGGGAACACAAGUGGGAUCCACAACAAAAGAUAGAGACGCAUCACGCUCUGCUUGGUGGCAUGCAUUAAAAAUAUGAAUAUAUCACACAUGGCCACAAAAUAUGCGACUGUCGAUUACACAUUAACACGUUCGUUAAAGUGAUGAUUAAUUUAGUUUUCAGCUCCUGAUCGGUUAAAUUACUAUUUGCAAUUUGGAAAUUUCACACUAAUUAUAAUUAUGUCCGGG